CGGUUCGGUUCGGUUCGGUGUUGGUUCUGUUCGCUGAUCCGCAGCAUCAGCAGCAUCAGCGGCCUCCAUCAUGUGGUGCAUCAACUGCGCCUCGGAUAAAACCCCCGCGAUCCUCAACAACAAGCUGCUGUACUGCGUGGAGGGAGACCCUCAGUGUCCAGAGGUCCUCACCUUCUCAGACUCGUCCUUUGGACAUCCUGCUCCCUUCCAUCGCUAUAGCAACAGUCCGCUCUGCAGCCCCUGUGACCCCUACGGCCCCACCUCCAGCGGGCCCCUGGGAGCCUCUUAUCCGCAGACACAGGGCAGCUCGCCGAUACCCCCCCCCAGCCCAGCUAGCCUUGCCUGGGCUCAGCGCAGCAGACAUCAGCCGGCCAGCCUGGCGCUCCGCAAGCAAGAGGAGGAGGAGAGCAAACGCUGCAAGGCGCUAUCUGACAGCUAUGAGCUCUCUACAGACCUCCAGGACAAGAAGGUGGAGAUGUUGGAAAGGAAGUAUGGCGGCCAGUUUGUGUCCCGGCGGGCAGCGAGGACGAUCCAGACGGCGUUCAGACGAUACCGCAUGAACAAGAAGUUUGAGAGGCUCCGCAGCUCGGCCUCAGAGAGCAGGAUGACCCGCCGCAUCAUCCUGUCCAACAUGAGACUGCAGUAUUCGUUUGAUGAGCGGCAGCCGCAGGGUCAGGGCUCACCCGGUCAGCAGGGCUCAGAGGACGCUGGAGACAUGGACGACUCUUUCUCCAAACAGGUAAAAUCUCUCGCUGACUCCAUGGACGACUCUCUCACCUGCCAGUCUGGCCGGGAAGACUCACAGGACGUCGGAGGAGAAGGAGAGGAGGACGAGGAUGAGGAGGGAGAUGAGGAUGAGGAAGAUGAGGAAGAAGAAGAGGAGGAGGAAGAUGAAGACGUGGAUUACAGGCAGUGUGGGUGGCACAGCACCAAUACAGCAUCCCGACGUGUGCCUGGCCGGGUGGAGGGAGGCAGAGGAGGCGUCGCCAUGCACGAGGACAGCACCGCCACCUCCUUCAGUGACGUCACCCUUUACAUGGACGAAGGCUGCCUCCCGUCCUCGCCACUGUCCCGUCCCGCCUCCAGCUCCGACACGGACUACUGGGGGGGAGGGAGAGGCGCAGGGGGGAGGGAGGACAGCAGAGAGACGGAGGCAGGCAGCAACGCCAGCCGGAGGAGCAGCACCCCCUGCACUGAGUGCAGAGGGGAGUACAGAGGGAGAGGAGGAGGAGGCGCGGGGGGAGGGGGACACCUUCCUGUCCUCACUAUUGAACCGCCCAGUGACAGUUCAGUGGACAUGAGUGACAGGUCGGAGCGGGGCUCUAUCGGGCGUUUGGUGUACGAGCAGGAGUCCUCAGGAGCAGAGCAAGGAGGAGAAAGGGGGAUAGGAGGGGAGGGUGAAAGUGGAGAGGAGGAGCUGGCGGGGGGGAGCAGCGAAGCCGAAUCUCUACAAGGAACCAUCAAACACAAACCGAACGGCCGCUCCGUCGCCAUGGCGCAGGGACAGACCCGCAGCCCCGCUAACGUCCCCCUGCCCAUGCCGUCGGCCCGGACGCUGCCGUCUCACCCGCUCCAACACUCACACCCCCACCCCUCAGCCGUCCCCCACCUUCCCACCAUCCUCCACCACCACCCCCAGUACAGCCAGCCGCACCUCAUGCACAUGCACCACGCCCACGGCGGCAGCCCCUACAUGCAGCAUCCACACCACUUCGCCCAGCACCACUACCACCCCCUGCACCACCAACACUUGCCCCACUCCUACCCAGAACCCCCUGCGUCGCCCCUGCCCUCCCCGGUUCCCCCCCUCACGCCUCUGUCCCCGCUGCCGCCGCCACUCACGCCCUCCCCCAUGUCCUCUUCCUCGGCGCUCCAGAACCUGGAGGGGCAGCAGCACCUCGUCCACCACCCCCACCUCCAUCACCAUCACCACCACCUGCUCUGCUCAGACGGAGACAAUGAGAGCGUCAACUCCACCACCACCAACUCCAACGACGACACCACCGUCAACAACUGCAGCUCGGGCUCGUCCUCCAGGGACAGCCUGCGGGAGCCCAUGGGAGGGGCCACGCUGGGGAAGCAGACCUACCAGAGGGAGAGCCGCCACAGCUGGGACUCGCCCGCCUUCAACAACGACGUGGUGCAGAGGCGGCAGUACCGCAUCGGACUCAACCUGUUCAACAAGAAGCCAGAGAAGGGCAUCCAGUACCUGAUCGAGAAGGGCUUCGUGUCGGACACUCCUGUGGGCAUCGCCAGGUUCAUCCUGGAGCGGAAAGGCCUGAGCAGGCAGAUGAUCGGGGAGUUCCUGGGCAGCCGGCAGCAGUUCAACAAGGACGUCCUGGACUGCGUCCUGGAUGAGAUGGACUUCUCUGGGAUGGAUCUGGAUGAAGCUCUGAGGAAGUUCCAGGCUCAGAUCAAAGUCCAGGGCGAAGCUCAGCGGGUGGAGCGGCUGGUGGAGGCCUUCAGUCAGAGAUACUGCGUCUGCAACCCGGUGCUGAUCCGGCAGUUCCAGAACCCAGACACCAUCUUCAUCCUGGCCUUCGCCAUCAUCCUCCUCAACACUGACAUGUACAGCCCCAACGUGAAGGCCGAGAGGAAGAUGAAGCUGGAGGACUUCAUCAAGAACCUGAGGGGUGAGUGGCUGAAGUUCAGCAUCAACCCUAGAUCUGCUAUUCUUCCUCCUCUUCCUCCUCAGGUAACGAAGAUCUUCCAGAAGAAGAAGACGUCGGUGACGUACAGUUUCAGGCAGUCGUUUCCUCUGCUCGACAUGCAGGUCCACACCUUCCAGAACACCUACUACCCUCAUGGUAUCCGGCUGACAUCAGCAAAUCCCGGAGGAGAGAGGAAAGUGUUGAUCAUCUUCACAGCGCCGAGUCAGCAGGACAGAGCCCGAUUCACGUCCGACCUGCGAGAAAGCAUCGCAGAGGUGCAGGAGAUGGAGAAGUACCGGGUGGAGUCUGAACUGGAGAAGCAGAAAGGCAUGAUGCGUCCUGGAAUGCUGGCGGGAUCAGGAGGGAUGGGGAUGUCAGGGAGCGGGACCAACUCUGCAGGAGGAACCAUGAAGGGUGAGGUGGUGAACGGCACCCUGGGAAGGCCAAGCCUCGAUGACACGUAUGCCUCAGUGGACGGACUCAAGCGCACGGCGCUCAGCUCCUCCCUCAGAGAUCUCUCAGAGACGGGGAAGCGAGGUCGUAGGAACAGUGUGGGCUCAUUGGACAGUACCAUUGAAGUAAGUCUUCUUGGGGGCGGGGCUACUAACAUGCAUGUCUGCCGUUCUACCGCCGUCGCAUGCCUCACUGCCUGCUGGGUAAAAACUCGUCUGGAUGAGUUAAUAAAUCUGAGCUGUUUCUGAUAUUCAGUGUUUCUGCAACUGAAACAUCCAGAUAAUAAUUCUCUCUAGAGACCUUCAUCAUACUGCACCUUAAAGGCCAAUGAUCUGGAUUUAAGAAGAAGAAAAUGUUGAUUUGACUUUUUGAGUCUAGUUUGUGUCUCCUAGAGUUAAAAAAAGAAACCUUCAGCAGUUUGAGAGAAAUUAAUUUAAACAAAGAAGGUUGUAGAAAAUGGCGGAAAGAUGGAGUUGCUACCUUCUAAGCUGCAGUAUGUGGAGCUCUGCUGCGCUCUGCAUGCUUUGUUUUCAUUCUUCAGGUAUCUGAUCUUCAAGGAAUCUCCACCAGAUCGUCUUUUAUCCAUUGGAAGUCCAAACCUGAAAGUGUUGCAGGAUUUUCUGCACAGAAUAGUGACAAAUAGGAAGUGGAUGAAGAGCAUGUACAGUUUGUAAAGCUACGCUUUCUGCUAAAACUGAAGACUGGUGAGGCUGCUAGCAGCUUAGCCAGAGGCUUAGCUAGCAGAGGUUCCUCAUGCCCAGUCAGGUCCGACUGAGAGCCUCUUCAAGGUUUGAAACAGAUUCUUAGGAUGUUUGCCUGGACUUUGAACACAUCACUCCAACAGACAAACAUGCAGCUCUGGAUGUACGUUUAGCAUCGUUGUUC